GCAGAAAUGUUUUUAAAAUUGUUUUUCCUGCACAUUGCCGUGCUUGUUCUGAAUGGUCAAAAUGUUGUUAUAAAUUCCAGAAUCAGCGGGGGACAGCCUGCAACAAAACCAUAUCCAUACCAAGUUUCACUACAAGUGAAUGCAACAGUUUAUGGUCGUAAAGAUAUGGCCAACACAUUUAACGAUUGGGGCCAUUGGUGCGGAGGGUCAAUUAUUACCAAUCGUGUUGUGGUGACUGCAGCGCAUUGCUUGACCGAUUCGGAUGAUUUGCCCAUACCGCAAGAAUUCUACUCAGUAUUUGUUGGAUCACUUAGCUUAAAUGGUAACGGUUUACGCUAUUUUCUCAGUAACAACCGAACUCAUCCAAAGUAUACUGCGAAGGAUCAAAACUACGAUAUCGGAAUCAUUACCGCAGCAACGGAAAUUACCUUUAUUCCGAAAAGAGUUGAACCAAUUGCUUAUACUAAUGUGGAAACUAGCAUCGGUACUGAUUGUGUAGUAACAGGAUGGGGUAAAAUGGGAGGAAAUGCUGACGGUGAAGAUCCAAUUCAUCUUCAAGAACUACAUCAACGUACGUUAAGCGAUUCCGAAUGUCAAUUCAAUUGGGAUGUGACGCAAACGGACAUCUGUGCGUUUUCACGAAUUGAGCAAGGAUUUUGCAAUGGGGAUUCAGGUGGGCCACUUGUCGAUGUACGCAAACAAAUUCUUGUUGGAAUUGUUUCACGAUCGAGAAAAUGCGGUUUUGGUACGCCGGAUAUUUAUGUCAGAGUGUCCUUCUUUUACAGUUGAAUUUUAAGCGAAAUCGGCAGCAAUCUUUAUCUUGGUCCUUGGGCAAAAGGAUACUCCGCAUGUGUAUGCAGCAGAUAGACACUACCGAUAAUACCAGCCCCAUCCAUUAUCGGCUCGCCU